GUAGGUAGAGCUGACCGAUAAAGUUUACUAAUUACGUGUGACAACUGUUUGAAUGACAAACAUCGUCCACGAUCGACCACCAGGACCACUGCGAACCGGGUAAACCUUUUGUUUUGUUUCCCGGUCGCUUUUCGAAAUUCCAACGUUUUCGUGUUAUUGGUAGCGUGGAGUCGUACCGGAAUAAUAGCACACCCGUCAGUGAUUCUCAGUUGGGAUGCUCACAACGUCCCGAAGCAGCCGGGGGCAUAAAUUCUCCAGAGAUCUCAUUACGACCACAGAAAGAUAAGUAGCUUAGUUGAGAAAUAAAUACCCUUCGAGGAAGGAAGAUGAAAAAAAAUCCAGUUAGUUCGUGGUGAAGUUAUGGAGGAACAUAUAGAAAAUCUUUUAGUUAAGUAAACGAUAAAAAGAACAAGAAUAGGAUUUAAGUAUCGUUCGAGAUAUCUUAAAGUUUAGAAUAUUUUCUGGGAAUGUUAGAAGUCUUUGGGCGGUCCGGUUGGCUGAGGCGACAGCGGCUCAACUCCCAUCCAGAUCUCCCCGUACACAAAGCUGACUACUUUGCUACGGUUAAAAUCAAGCCACAGGCCGUUACCUUUAAAACAUAAAUGGCAGGCCGAUACCUUUAAAGAUUGAAGUGUCAAAGAAAAACAGGGUAAAGUCUGAAUAGAUGCACCCCCCCCCCCCCACUCACGGGCAGUCAUUUUUACAAGUGAGUUACGCAAUAGUGUAUCUUUUUCAGACAUUUUACUAUAAUUAUUUAUUUAUUUAUUAUUUAUAAUUAUUAUAAAUUGUUAUUACAACAGUUUUUGCUUAACUUUUACCUAAAUUGUGCCGCGCUAAACUCAGUAGCGAAAAGUGAGUGCCGUGAGUGGGGGGGGAAAGAUGCUAUUAAGACUUCAGCCGAAAAAGUUGAUUAGAAGUCGCAAUCAAUACUUCAUGGUAAACUUCACCAAUCGAAAUAUAAACGGUAGUUUCUCAGAAAUAAUUUCUCAACUACCAGCUGAUCUUAUGUCAUACCAUCAUCUGUUGUAACUGCCACGUGGAAGAAGAUCAGAUUCCAUCAUCGUCACUGACAUAAUAGCGUACGUCAUGUGAGGGAUGUCCAAGGUACCCGGUUAUGGCCUCAAUAUGGUAUGGUGCCGCAGAUGCUCAAGAAGCCACAUAAUGUUAGCACCAACGAUACGACCCAGCUGUGUAGCAGCAACAUGGAGGAAGUGUUUAACCUGCUUUCAGUUGUAUCACCCAAAGACGUUGUAGCUAUGGACAAACUGCACGAGUACCAAGGUUUCGCUGGUCGAUGGCACGAGUGGCGUUCCAAUGCUCGCCAGUGGCACGAAGGAUGGCGCGAACGACAUCCCGGUGGAGUACGUCAGUAUCUGAAGGAUACCGUUCUUCAAGGUGGUACAGGAACGCACACAUCUGCACCGAUCGGAACGGAUGCAGAGCUCGGUGGCCGAACGGGAUGGAACGAAAAUGCGGUUGACUUCUCCCACAUCUAUCGUCGCAAAACACGCCUGGAGCUGAUACGCAUCUCUGCCGCGGUAAUGGGGAUUGAGUUUUCCUAUGCGGCCGAGACGGCGUUCGUCUCACCGACGCUGCUCAAAAUCGGCGUCGAACAUCAGCAUAUGACGCUGGUGUGGUGUCUAUCGCCCUUGGUCGGCUUCUUUCUUACGCCCGUGCUCGGUUCGCUGAGCGAUCGGUGCCGAAGCAAAUUUGGCCGCCGGAGACCGUUCAUAAUGCUACUGUCAUUGGGCGUACUGCUAGGGUUGCUGCUCGUCCCGAACGGUGAAGACGUGGGGUAUGCGAUGGGUGACUUUAACCCAUACGCCAUCAACACCACACUGAACAGCUCGGCAGACAAUACCUUCGCUGGUUAUGUGUGGCAGGAACCACAAUCCAAUACGAUCAAACUGCACAGCCUGGAACCAAUGUCACAGCGUACCGCAACGAUCAGGGCAGCGUUAGUACCGCCGGACAUCCCCGAACAGAGACCUCGCCAUCCGUGGGGCAUCUUCUUCACCAUCCUCGGUACAGUGCUGCUCGAUUUCGAUGCAGACGCUUGCCAAAGUCCGGCACGAGCCUUCCUGCUCGAUGUUACCGUGCCGGAAGAUCAUGCUCGGGGGCUAUCCACCUUCACCAUUAUGGCUGGGUUGGGUGGGUUCAUGGGCUACUCUCUUGGCGGUAUUGACUGGGACAACACUUCGCUCGGGAUCGUGCUUGGGGGCCAUGUCCGAGCCGUCUUCUCGCUCAUCACGAUCAUCUUCAUCGUUUGCGUGCUCUGUACCGUGACGAGCUUUAGCGAAAUACCGCUCUGGAUACUGGAGGAGGAACUCGAACGACAGGAUCCUCCGAUGGCCACCGGAAGCGAACCGGAACCCGUUACAUACGGUGCAACACUAAAACAUGAUCAUUCAACCGACCAACCACCAACAACUAGCGCCAACUACGAUGAACUGCCAGGUGAAAACUUCACCGAGACAAGCUUCAACCUUCACGAUGCGUGCAAAAAUUCCACUAAUGACGAUGCGGCCAUUGCUGGUAACAUGAAACGUGAAGUCGAGGAAACUGGGGGUGAUACAACGGGACAGGAAGAGGACAAACCGGCCGUUACCCUCAGUAUGUAUCUGCUGUCAAUCGUGUACAUGCCACAUUCGUUGCGAAUGGUUUGCCUAACGAAUCUGUUCUGCUGGAUGGCACACGUUUGCUACUCACUCUAUUUUACUGACUUUGUCGGGGAGGCUGUGUUUGACGGAGAUCCCAAGGCACUUGAUGGUACGGAAAAGUAUAUGUUGUACGAAGCCGGUGUUCGGUUUGGAUGCUGGGGAAUGGCGAUGUACUCGCUGUCCUGUGCCUGCUACUCACUGAUCAUCGAGCGACUUAUUAAGCGUUUCCGCGCCAAAAGUGUCUACGUCGGAGGGUUACUGUUCUACUGUGUCGGUAUGUCGAUGAUGGCUCUAUCUAAGCACCGUGUAGGUGUAAUUGUGUUCAGCUGGACGGCAGGUGUUAUGUACUCGACACUUUUCACCAUGCCCUACCUGCUCGUGGCCCACUACCAUUCGGAGGGUGUUUUUGAGGUGAAUGAGUGUGGUGUCGCAAAACAAAGUACCGGUGCGGUUCGAGGACUUGGCACAGAUGUAGCCAUCGUGAGCAGUAUGGUGUUUCUGGCCCAGUUUGUGCUGUCUAUCUGUAUGGGAUCGAUCGUCGCCUGGACCGGUACGACGACGGCCGUAGUAACCAUUGCCGCCAUGCUAAGCUUCUGUGGUGCUCUUUCUGCUACACAAAUAAUGUACUUGAAUUUGUGAAUUCGCAUAUCCCCAGACAAGUAUUGUUUACUAGAUCACAGACCAAAACGUCCGCACGUUAAAACAACUGUAAAAGCGGCAAUUGUUUAAAAGAAGUGGACAGUGUUGCUUAAAUGCUAAUGAUAGCUAAACAGUAAUUAACAACGCUUUAUGUUAAGUCCGAUCGCUAGAAAGUUUUGUUCAAUAAUCGAGUAUUUGUAGGCCUCUCCCCUACUAUAACGACACAGGUGAUGCGUUCAGAUCUCUCUACUAAUAUUUGAAAAGAAAGCACAAGAAUGAAACGGAAAUCUGAAAUACGAACGGUAUCCGAUUAUAUAGGAAUCUUACACCUUUUCCAUCGAAGUAUUAGAAGCAAAAACGAUGCGAUAAAGCCUAUCAAGCGACGGCAGAUUGGAACCUUCAAGUCAUUGUUUUAUAUUGUGUUUAGUUAAACAUCUGCAAAAUGUAAAGUUAAUGAAUUUUGCGAUAACUACAUAAGAAGGCUUCACACUAGAUAAAAAAACAAACAAAAGACACUGGGUAAUCGUAAUAAAUGUCAGUAUAGUACACUUAACCACAAUCACGAAAAACUAAUUGAGCGAAAGAUCAAUGAUAUGCUAGCUUAUACAUAUAUACCAAUAUACGUAUUAGUGGUGUCUUAACCAAAAACGUAAACUUUUCUUUCGCAAAUUAUCAACACGAUGCCAUCUUAAUGGGAUUAAAUUGUAAUUACUGGUGAAUAAAUAUUAAUUCUAAAAGUUUGUGUGGAAUGUGUGCCAAACUGUAACUACA